CAAUAUCGAUUGAUAAUUGUUUUCCACAGUAGGCUUAUAAAAAAAUAAUGUUUUUUCUGGGUGUGGGAGUUUGUGAAAAUCUCGUUUUUAGAAAUUGGUGAGGCUUAUUAUUUUUUAUUUGGGUACAUUUACUAGUGUGUCCGGGUAUAAUAUUGCGUUUCCCCUGAUAGUUAUUCUGUUGGCGUUCGAAUGAAUGAAUUUAAUGUUGAAAAUCAUGGAUCAAAUAAAAAGCCACUGAUCGCAAAGAAACCACUGAAUGCCUCACGGCGCCUUACAACGAUCAAGCAAAGACAGGCCUUUUUCAGUCUACGGGGAGUGCAGAGAUGAAAGAGGGAGAAUACAAGGAACAUCUCAGAAUAAAUGACUUACAUGUAGGUUUUCAGCAACAGAUUAAAACGGAAGAAGAAACGCCAUCUCAGGAAAAUGUCAUCAGGCCCUUGGAACAAUUCCAGGAAGUAGGAAUAGGGAUAAACAUUGGCCAGGAAUUGCCAAGAUGGAAUGCUUUAAAAGAUAGACUACAAUUGGAAACAAAUGAAAACCUGGCAAAAUUUUUGAUGGACCACUACUUAAAGAAUAACACACUCACUUUAAAACCUUUUGACAUUUCAUACCUCCCUCCAGAUAACAAUAUUGCAGAGGACAUUGAUAGCAACAGUGAAGUUGUGGAUUCCUUCCCCUGUGACAAGUGUCAUCGAGUAUACACCAGGAGAGACAGCUUGAAAAGACAUAUGAAGAAGCACAGUUCAACUGAAACAUAUGAUUGUGACCAUUGUGAGGAGACAUUUCCUGAAAAGCAGGCAUUGCAGCGACAUCUCCAGAAAAAACAUUCUGGAAUAUUACACCCUUGUUCUCAAUGUGAUAAAAUAUUUAACACCAAAGCAGGACUCAGGACACAUGAAAAUUCACAUUGUAAUAUAAAAUUUCUUGAAGAUGGUGUCCCCAAAGCAACUUCUUUGUCAGAUGUUCCAGUUGAUUUAACUGAGUGUACCAGUAAUCCAAUUCCUCCAUCCCCUGAUGAGACCAGAGACGCUGUGCCUUCUGGUGCUGACGAAGAUGGUUCGGGAAUGGUUUUCCAGUGUAGGGUGAGUGGGUGCGAGCGGGUGUUAAGCUCAAAGUGUGCUCUACAAAAACAUAACAGGACCCACACUGGUAUUUACCCGUUCAACUGUCUGGAAUGCCCAAGGGGGUUCCACGCGCGGUCUGCCCUGGAGGACCACAGAAGGUCCCGUCACAAGGAGAAAAGGUUCCAUUGUGUGCGUUGUAAUAAGACUUUUUGCACUGGCCAAGGUCGCAAGCUUCAUGAGCAGCUUCACAGAAAUGAGUCGCACCAGUGCCACUUAUGUGAGAAGACAUUUCCUACAAAAAUAUACCUCAAAAUUCAUCUGAGGACACACAUAGAGAGUUUUGAAUGUACGAUAUGUAAAAAAAGUUACACAAAGGCAAGGCAUCUGAAGGACCACAUGGCCUUUCACAAUAAUAAAACCUUUGAUUGCAACAAGUGCACAUUCAAAACGAAUUAUAGGCAAUCUUACAAUCGUCAUUUAAAAGCACAUAAAAGAGAAAUUCAGUCUAUUCUUUUAUCCAAGUAUUGAAAUGGACCUCUUGGAUUUUACGUGCAUUUUUUAGGACAAUACAGCCAAUGGGAUAUGAAUCUGGCCGUUUGACAGCUUUCCUGAACAGGGCACUUGCAGUCUUCUGUUAACUAAUAUGAAUUUUGACACAAAAAAAUCCUGUUAUGUGUACCUUUUAGGUUAUUUGUUUCCAACUUUCCAACCUGUACAUUUAUAGGUGUUCUUUUUAUCUCACUUUUCUAUUUUUCAUCCUCAAAAUUGACUGACUUUUCUCAAAAUUGUGUCACUGCUCAAGCAAGUGAAACUAUCCGAGUCUCCUCAGGAGUACUUUUUUGCCUGGUUUGCCUUCGAUCUAAAAAAAAUUUCAAAACUGUUUAAAGUUUAUUUUUGGUGUCAAGUGGUUCACAAAAUUAAAGAAAAAUCAUGCCACAUUGGUAAUAUUUGAUUGAAUAAAAUAUGACUUAUAAUGGAAAA